AUGGUUACACUGGACUUCAGCACACUGACGGUGCCUGUGGGCAUUGUGCGGAUACUGGAGCUGAUCUUCACCUGCAUCACCUUCAGCCUGGUGGCAUCAGUGGGCCACGGAGCUGGGUCCUUCUGGACGUGGUGCAUGUUCACCUGGUGCUUCUGCUUCUGCGUCACCUUCCUCAUACUCUUCCUGGAGUUCACGAGCCUCAGCGCUAAGUUGCCCAUCUCCUGGGAGGACUUCACCACCGCGUUUGCCAUGUUGGCUACUCUAAUGGUGCUGGCAGCAUCCAUCAUCUAUCCUGUCUUCUUCACCUGCUCUAACUGCGGCAGAUCGAUUGGUGCCAGUGUUACUUCAUGUCUGGCCUUCAUCUUGUACGCCGUUGAUGUCGGGCUGACCCGGGCUAAACCUGGUGAGAUCAGUGGAUUCCUGUCCACAGUCCCAGGCCUCCUCAAGGUUCUGGAGGCCUUCGUGGCCUGCAUCAUCUUCAUCUGCUUGGACAACAACAAGUACUCUCAGUAUCCGGGGCUCCAGUGGUGUGUUGCUGUCUACUCCAUUUGCUUCAUCUUUGCCCUCCUAGUCAUCAUUUUUACUAUCUGCCGCCUUCUGUCUCUCUUCCCCGCACCAUUUGACAAAGUCCUGACAGGCUGCAACGUGCUGGCGGUGUUGAUGUACCUCACAGCUGUGGUCAUCUGGCCGUUGUACAGCUUCCGGAACAAUCCCAGGCCGAGCAACUGCGUGAAAGGGAUUAUAUGUACCUGGGAUAAUUUGGUGGUUAUCUCUUUCAUGACCGCUUUUAACCUUGGUGCUUACAUUGCAGAUACGGUUUAUUCUUUUAGGCUGGUGUUCUUCGUAAGCAGAACAUAG